GCUCUAUGCAAAAACUUCCAGGGAAAUAUACACCAAUAUUGUGACCAAGAUGUGAGUUUGAUGGAUGAAAAAAAUUGAGGUUUGUUCUCUUGAGACAAGUUAGCAUCCUUUUUAUUACCACUUGAGCACCACUGGAAUUCCUUUUUGCAAUUCUAUGAAACAAAUGACAUACAAUAAUGGCAAGUAAUAUUAUAAAGAUCAUUAUCUGCAUUUUGCUACUUAAAUUCUGCAACAGCAUUGUUAUGCCUGAUGGGAAACAUAUAAAAAGUUAUGCCUCAAUGGGUCUGACUUCAGUUCCAAGAAACAUGUCAACAGAAAUACAAAUGCUUGAUAUGUCUCAUAACCAGAUAUCUGAAAUCCACAGGCUUGAUUUUCAGCCGCUGAUGAGGAUGACAUUUUUGAAUCUGUCCUUUAACUUGAUUAAAGUUAUUCCUGCUGAAGUUUUCCAGUUUAAUACAGAUUUGACAUACCUUGACUUAUCAAACAAUUUGCUACAUAAUACUGAAUGUUCCUUUCUUAGAUAUACAGUAGCACUGACAUACUUAGAUAUUUCUUACAAUAAAUAUGAAAUCAUGAUAUUAGGAGAAGAAUUUCUUUCUUUACCAAGAUUAAACUUUUUGGGACUGAGUACUGCAAAUCUGUCAAAACAUAAUCUAGAAUUCAAAUCUCCACUGGAAAUAGACACAGUUUUUCUUGGCUUAGACAAUAUUAUUGUUUAUGAAUAUAGAAGCCUAAAGGGUCUAAAAUCUAAAAAGUUACAUAUUUCCUUACCCAAGAAUGAAUCCAUGGCCAGGACUAUUGUAACAGAUGCUAUUCUCUCAUCACUAAGUUUAGAACUAUCAAAUGUUUUAUUCACAUCUGGGAAUAACAUCUAUCAUGAGAAAGAAACUCCAUUUCUGAAGAACCAGAAAUUAUCAAGCCUAAUUCUUAACAAUCUUAUGUUAACGUGGACAUCUUUUCUGGGUAUGUUAAAAGACAUUUGGAGUUCAUCACUUAUUUCUUUAUUCAUCAACAACAUAACCAUUAUUGGUAAAGUUGAACAGUUAAACUUUACAUAUAAUGACACCUCACUGAAGGCUUUAACAUUAAAAAAGGUAAGAUUUACAAUAGUUUAUAUGGAUCAUGUUUACUUAACCACACUAUUCAUAAAUAUGAACAUACAGAAUUUGUCUGUUACAGAGGCUCCCAUGGUAUUCAUGAAUUGUCCAACUUAUAAUAGUACACUGCAUUUUCUAGAUUUGUCAAACAAUGUUUUGUCAGAUCAAGCGUCUCAAGUCUGUCCUAAUUUUCCAGUUCUGGAAUCCAUCAUAUUAAGAGGCAAUAAAUUCAAGCAGAUUUCCAAGGUCAGCAAAAUGACCAAAAUGAUGAAAGCUUUGAAACAUUUUGAUGUUAGUGGCAGCCAACUUCAUUAUGAUGGUGGUCCAGAGGAAUGUGGUUGGCUGGAAUCUCUUGUGAAGCUAAACAUGUCUUUCAACAAUUUGCAACACACGGUUUUUAAAUGCUUGCCAGAGAAAGUUGAAAUACUUGAUCUACAAUACAACAAAAUAACGUAUAUUCCCAGAAAUCUUGUCCAUUUAACAUGUCUAAAGCAACUAUAUAUUGGUUUCAACCAUCUCAGUAGUCUCCCUGGUUGUAGUGACUUUAAAAAUAUUGAACUGCUGGUUGUAGAAAACAAUUUACUUCAUAGCAUUAGUUCUGAAAUUUUCAAAGACUGUAACAAUUUAACAAUCCUUAAUGCAAGGAAUAAUCCAUAUCAAUGCACCUGUGACUUAUACAAUUUCAUUAGCCACUCAAACAGACUGGACAUGAAACUGGUAGGCUGGCCAGAUAUGUACAAAUGUAAAUACCCAGAUGUGUUUAAUGGAACAGGAUUGAAAGACUUCUCCUUACCAGAGCUGUCGUGUAAUAUACCUCUUUUGGUUAUUACUGUUCUCAUCAUUGCAUUUGCUUUUACAUUCAGUAUGCUAGCAUUAUGCCGCUAUCUUGAUUUACCAUGGUACUUCAGAAUGGUAUGGCAAUGGACACAGACAAAAAGGAGAGUGCUGAAAAAGAAAUCUUCACAGUUGUUGCCAGAUAUGAAGUUUCAUGCUUUUGUUUCUUACAGUCAGCUUGAUUCCGACUGGGUGAAAGAAUACCUUAUACCAAACUUGGAGAAAGGGGACAAACCUUUAAGAAUCUGUCAGCAUCAACGAGACUUCAUUGCUGGGAAAAGCAUAAUAGAAAACAUUAUUAACUGCAUUGAGAAAAGUUACAAGUCCAUUUUUGUCUUGUCUUCCAAUUUUAUAAAGAGUGAGUGGUGUCACUAUGAACUCUAUUUUGCACAUCACAAGCUUUUCAGUGAAAAUGCAGAUAAUCUCAUUUUAAUUUUACUUGAACCAAUCCCCCAGUAUACAAUCCCAGCAAAAUACUACAGACUGAAAGGACUCAUGGCAAAGAGGACAUAUCUAGAAUGGCCCAAGAACAAAAUCAAACAUGGACUUUUCUGGGCUAACCUAAGGGCUGUUAUAGAUAUCAGUCUACCUGAAACAGAAAUGGUGACAUGUGUUUAAGAUAACUCAUAUCAGAAAAUUUAUUACAUGUGGAUUGCCAACAGGUUUUGCUGGAAGAUUUUGCUUAUUUUAGAAAUAUGCACACAAUUAUGUAACAUACAAUAAGUUCAAAAGAAGAGGACACUUCCUGCCAUACAAAAAGGCCUACAUAAUAUGUGAUGUCAAACUGUGUUCUGCUAUUUAUCUGAAAUAUCUCUAUAUCUAUAUUUGCUAUGCAGGACUUCUGAAGAAGUACAGCUGCAUCCAUUUCUGUUUGGAUUAAGUGUAGACUGUUGUAAGCAAGAUAUAUAUUAACCCAGUUUCAACCCCCACCCCCUACACACACACACACGCACACACACACACACACACACACA